AGGUCGGGGGUGGAGGACAGGGAGACGGCUGUGACCAACUCAAGUUUCCCUGAACUUCUUCCCCAGGGAGAAAGACAUUCCCAGCUCCCUCCUCUCCCUGAGGGAAAAACAGAAUCAUAAAAUAGUGCUCAUAGUAACUCAUAGCUUGCCUCGUUGGAAAGGAUCAGAGGAUGAACAGGACAUGGGAGAAUCAUCAGAGAAGUGUUUAUUAGUUGUAAAUAGAUGAGAGGUUAAGCGGGAGACCAGCGGUUUAGGGAGGGAAAAAGAGGGGUGUUUUUUUUUUCCUUCCGGAAAAGAGAAAGGGAAAGUCAGCCACGGUGACUGACUGAAGGGGCUCUUUUUAAUAAUUCCACGUCUUCCCCGUCCUCUCCCCACCCCAAAUCUAGUCUUCCAGUCCGUGGAAAUGCCUCCCCUCCUUCCCUUCCUUCGCCUCACCUUCGGUCCCUGCCGGGAGGGGGUGGCCGGCGUGUUGCUGGACCCGGGUGCCCGCGGCCACCUCCCAGAGGCUGCUCCGGUGCCCGCCGGGGCGACGGGGCCUCUGUCUGGGGCUGGGGAGCAAAAUCAGACCCAACGGGCAACGGAGGGCCGGGGGCCUCCGGCGCUGCGGUCCCGCUCGCGCCGAGUGGUGGAAAGUUGCGGCCGAAUCCGCUCCUCCCGGUGCUUCUGGGCCGCCGGCCGGGCCCGGGUCUUUGGGGGAAGCGGCUGGAGGUCCCCGCCGAGCCUGGAGCCGGGCAUCGUGCUUCCUCGGGUCUCGAUCCAGACCUUCCCAUACAUACUCCCCUCAUUCGGGUGAAGAGAAAACACAAAAACGCGGAGCAACCCGGCUCCGAGCCCAGGCAUGGAGUGCUAACUCCAACACGGAACAUUUUUCUAUCAGAGAAUAAUGGAGCACAAAAUAACUCAGCAAGGCGGAUGGGCAGGAGCGCAGUGGGAGAGCCCGCGCGGUGGGGCGGCUGCAGAGCGGGCCGCGGCGCACAGCCGAGAGGACCAUUUCGUUGGAGUGUAGGGCGAGGCCGCAGCCCGGACCCGGACCCGGACUCAGCCACCCGAGAGGGCCAGCCUCUAAAUUACAGCCCGUCAGGAGGACUCGGCAAUGCAAAAAAGGGAGCCGAAAGAUUUAAACGGUCGGAGGCAGAGGCGUCCCGACGCGGCCAAAGCGAAAAUCAAUCACGUAAUUAAAACCGGGAGAGGGCCAGGCCCGAGCCUGCGGGUCCCGGGUUCGGAGGAGGCGGCCAAGGUGCGGGCCGAGGCGGGCGAGCGGCCGGGGAUGGGGCUCGCCCGCCGCGGCCAGAGCGCGGAGGGGCUGCGGGGAAGUUUAUAACAGAUCGCUAUUGAUUCCCGCUUGGCUGGGAAGAGCAGGCUGUGUGUCCUCUUCCAGGCCGGAUCCUGAAGCCGCCCGAUGGGCCCUUCCCGGGCUCCCCCAUUUUUAGGGGGUUGUGGCGUGUGGUGAGAGGCUGCUCCCCAGAUCCCAGUGGUGUCCCGAUCUGUCCAGGCAAGUCUGUCUGAGAGCGCAGGUGGCACCAAUACGUUGCCUCUGGGUUUAAGAGGAUAGAGGGAGGUUGCACCCUAGUUUCAGGCACUUACAUGUUCCCCUCGGUCUGGGUUCCCCCAACCCAGGAAUCAAGGCUUGCCUUUGGAAUGACUCUCAUCUAGAGAUGGAAGCUUGGAAGGUGGGCUUGGAAGGAGCGGGGGCUCAACCCCCAGACCUCCAGAAAUGACGUCAGACUCAUUUGCAUCCCGCUGCCUCUACCUGCCUGGUCCAGCUGGGACCCUGCCUCGCCGGCCCCAUGGCCAGAGGGUUGGAGGGGCGCUGCCCGGUGACCUACACAGACUGAGACAGGAUCGCCAUGAAUGAAGACCUCUGGAAAGCCUCAGGAGCCGAGGCCUGAGGGGCCCACGGAAGGCCGAUGGGGAGACCCUGGGAGGGGGCUGAAUCACAGCCUCCCGACAGCCCCCCCCCCCCAAUUCCAGGCUUUGGAAAGGAGCUGGGGGCUUCCCAUCUCCUUUUGCAGGGGAGGGUUGUCAAUCGGCGGGGUGUGCACUGGGGGCCCCCCAGCCCCUGCCAGCUCACCCUACAUCACCACCACCACCCCCCAGCAGCACCACCACCACCGCCACACAAAAAAAAUUGGAUACAUUUUGAAUAAAGCGAUUCGGUUCCUUAUCCGGGGACUGGGUUGCUCCGUGUGAUUGGCCGGCGGAGUCACAUGGUGAAAGUAACUUUACAGGGUCGCUAGCUAGUAGGAGGGCUUUAUGGAGCAGAAAAACGACAAAGCGAGAAAAAUUAUUUUCCACUCCAGAAAUUAAUGAUCAUGAGCUCGUAUUUGAUGGACUCUAACUACAUCGAUCCGAAAUUUCCUCCAUGCGAAGAAUAUUCGCAAAAUAGCUACAUCCCUGAACACAGUCCGGAAUAUUACGGCCGGACCAGGGAAUCGGGAUUCCAGCAUCACCACCAGGAGCUGUACCCACCACCGCCUCCGCGCCCUAGCUACCCUGAGCGCCAGUAUAGCUGCACCAGUCUCCAGGCGCCGGGCAAUUCGCGGGGCCACGGGCCGGCCCAGGCGGGCCACCACCACCCCGAGAAAUCACAGCCGCUCUGCGAGCCGGCGCCUCUCUCAGGCGCCUCCGCCUCCCCGUCCCCAGCCCCGCCAGCCUGCAGCCAGCCAGCCCCUGACCAUCCCUCCAGCGCCGCCAGCAAGCAACCCAUAGUCUACCCAUGGAUGAAAAAAAUUCACGUUAGCACGGGUAGGCAACUUUGCUUUUUGCUCUCCCCCUCCCUCCCCUCUUCCCCAGAGCUCCCCACCCUCCUCGGCCCCCUCCGGCCCCCGUCCUCCUUUCUCUCCUUCCCCCUCUCUCUCCAGGAGCGACUCUGGGUUAGCACAAUUGAACUGGAUUUACGAGCGAGAAUGGUGAACCCCAAUUAUAACGGAGGGGAACCCAAGCGCUCGAGGACAGCCUACACCCGGCAGCAAGUCCUGGAAUUAGAGAAAGAGUUUCAUUACAAUCGCUACCUGACCCGAAGGAGAAGGAUCGAGAUCGCCCACUCGCUGUGCCUCUCUGAGAGGCAGAUCAAAAUCUGGUUCCAAAAUCGUCGCAUGAAAUGGAAGAAGGACCACCGACUCCCCAACACCAAAGUCAGGUCAGCGCCCCCGGCCGGCGCUGCGCCCAGCACCCUCUCGGCAGCCACCCCGGGCACUUCUGAGGACCACUCCCAGAGCGCCACGCCGCCGGAGCAGCAACGGGCAGAGGACAUUACCAGGUUAUAAAACAUAACUCACACCCUGCCCCCACCCCAGGCCCCCAUCUUCCCCUCACACACAAAUUGACUCUUAUUUAUAGAAUUUAAUAUAUAUAUAUUUUUUGGUUUUUUUCUCUCUUCCUCCCACCUUAUCCCUUGUCAGUUCCAAACAGACAAAACAGAUAAACAAACAAACCCCCUGCCCUUCUCUCCUUUCCACUGUUAAGGACCCUUUUAAGCAUGUGAUGUUGUCUUAGCAUGGUACCUGCUGGGGUUUUUUUUUUUUUAAAGGCCAUUUUGGGGGGGUUAUUUAUUUUUUAAGAAAAAAAAAGCUGCAAAGAUUAUAUAUUGCAAGGUGCGAUGGUUUGGUUUGGGCGCAUUUCAGGGGAAAUGAGGAAAGAAAAAAGGAAAGAGAUUUUUAAGCCAAUUCUCCUCCUCCUUCUCCUCCUCCUCCUUCCCCCCUCUUUCCUUAGGCCUUUUGCAUUGAAAAUGCACCAGGGGAGGUUAGUGAGGGGGAAGUCAUUUUAAGGAGAACAAAGCUAUGAAGUUCUUUUGUAUUAUUGUUGGGGGAGCUGGGAGGAGAGGGGGGGAGACAGCAGGCAAAGCUAAAUGCAUCUGGAGAGCCUCUCAGAGCUGCUCAGUUUGAGGAGCCAAAAGAAAAUAAAAAUGAACUUUCAGUUCAGAGAGGCAGUCUAUAGGUAGAAUACCCCUCCCCCCCAAUCGUGGUUAUUGUGUUUUGGGACUGAAUUUACUUGAUUAUUGUAAAACUUGCAAUAAAGAAUUUUAGUGUCGAUGUGAAAUGCCCCGUGAUCAAUAAUAAACCAGUGAAUGUGAAUUAGUUUUA